CCAGGAGUUAUUCGUCACAUCUCUGAAGCCCCCCAAAAUAACCCCCCGGCUCUCCUGAAGGGGGCCGAGACGUGGCCCGGAGAGCCGAUCUGCUCCUCCUCGUCAUGUCGACGUGCGCUCUGCUGCUGGCGUCCCGAGCAGCCUGCCGUCUCAGCGAAUCCGCAGACCGUCACGAGUCCCCUGCGCGGCCAGACGCCGCCGGACCAUGUCCCCCCCCGGGGGCUUCGUAUAGCGCGGGGAUUCGUUUCCGAACAUCUGGAGCGCGUCGUGGAUACCGAACUGAUUUUGGAGCGGAACGUCGCGACGUACCUGGAUACUUCCGGCUUCUUUACGAGACGCCGCGCUAAACCCAGGAUGCCCGCCGAACUGUGCUACGACGCCGCCAAGGUCUCGCGGCAAGACCGUCCGAAAGAGGAGCGCGAGUCUUCGAUUCCCGCCGGCGGAGAGCUGAGCCGGAUUCCUGCAGAACAGGAGACGUCCGUGGACCCGGUGGUGCAGCACGCCGGCGAGUACGUUACAAACGGGCGAUUCAUGGGUGGAUUAUCAGAGCAGGACUCUCUAGAUUCUUCUGAGAGCAGCAGCUCGUCCGAAUGUGACCCCGACCCCGACCCCGGCGAGUCUCACCCUGGAGGCUGUCACUGUACCGUCUCCACCGAGAGAGAAAGUUCUGAACUCUGUGAGAACCACGAGGCGUUCACUCCGCUCCAGGUCAUGCCGGAUCUCUGUCGGCUUUAUGAGCAGGAUCACGCUUGGACGCGACCUGAAACACUUUGUGAGCGUGAACCUGAACUCGAACCCCUGUUAGAACAGUCUGUAGACUUUUAUGAUUUGGAUUUGUACCCACAAUGCACCUCACAGGAUCUAAACGCGGUACCGGAACCGGACUCGGAGCUCUGUGGAUUAUUGGAGGAAUGUGAGCUUUGUGAUCAAACCGUGAUUACCGAGUCCCAUGAGGACGGUCUCGAACCCUUCAGUGAAAGCUUGGACAGUGAACUUUCUGGGUCCCUUGAGGAGCAAACACUUGCCAGUCAAACAGGAACCACCGGUGACUCCGAGUUGCCUGCGGAAGUUGACUCUGAAUCCUACACCAGCUCGUCUGAAAGCUCAGAUCCGAGCCAGUUCUCGGAGGAACUUCCUGAAGACCUCUCGGAGCAGACGCCGAUUCCUGAAAGCGAUCAACACGAGGACUAUGAUGAGUUCUUUGGAGAUGAAGCAGAAGGUGCUGAGACCGUGAUGGAACAGUGCUCACGAUGCGGAAAGUACUUUGAGAGACGUGACGCCCUUGAACGACCUGACACCUCUGAAGCGUUGGAACCUCUCAAUUGUUCAGAAGACCUGCAACAGUGCUCCGUCCUUCCCAGAGAAGACGUUGUUCCAAAACGUGACACUGGUGACAUCAAACGCCGCCUAGAUUGCGAUAUGAUGUUUCUCGGAUCGAUGGAGACUUUCGAGGCUCGCUGGCUCUCUCAGUUCCUCGCCGUCGACGCCCAUCCGAACGACACCUUCAUGAACCGGGAUGACCCCGAAGAGCAGAGCCGCGACCCCAGCCCCGGACCGUCCGGUCAGGACAGCGAGGGCUCCGAGAUCGAGGUUCAAUCCUCGGACGAGCUGGUUGUGCUUUGUGAAGAAUGCGCCGCGAUGGAAAACGCACCGGUGGAGUAUGACGUUCCUUCAGGAGAUCUUGAGGAUGAAACUUUAAAACCCGGCUGUGAUGAGAAGAGCGCUGAGGAGUCGCUCGUCCAAGCGUCUUCGCUGGAUGAAUCUAGCGAGGAGGAUUACGCUGACUGUAUGGACGGUAAAAGCCAAGGUAGCACAGAAACGGACGUGUCCUUCAAAAGCUGCGCUCAUGACCCAGAGCCAGAGGAAACUCUUCCAGACCGGGUCGAUCAUGAUGAACGUGAGCAGAGUUUCUCCAGCAGCGUCCAAGAUUCAUGUGAGGAUUAUAGUGUUUGUAGUGAUGCCUCAGAGGAACACGACCACGAUGAGCGAGAUGGACCUGAAGAAGAUCUGAAAUGUGUCCUGGAAUGUGACACCACAGAGAAGAAUCUGAAGAAAUCCUACGCAGAAGCUCUGUGUUCUGGAUUAUCUCUAGAGUCAGGUCAGAGUCUGAGUCAAAGAACUUACCAAGAACCUACAGGAACCGGUCAUGUUAAAGGAUUUGCAUUGAAUCAGAAGGAUGGAGAAGACCUGAGGACCUUUUUUGAAGUCAUGGAGGGUCAAGACUCUGAAAUCAUUGAUGAUGAAGAAAAAGAUCAAGAGGUUGUUGAUUCCCAUGAGCCAGUUGGGGCUGUAGAAGAAAUUUGUGGAUUUCCCACCGAGCUUGAAGACGCCUCGGAUUCCAGUCCUGAACAUGAAACGUCUCCAGAAGCCUCUGAGAUGUUUACAGAGGUCUCCAGAUCUGCUGAUAAGGACGUUCUCGAUCACGUAGAACAGGCACAGCAGGAUCAUUUCUCUGGAGAGUCCCAGGUGGAAGGAGACGCUGGUAGACCAUCUGAUACUUCUACGUCUCCCCUGGAAUAUGAUGAAGCUUCUACGUUUGCUGAUGAAGAUCCGGAAGUUCGUGUUGAGAACCUCUGCAUAUUAACUGAAGCUGAAGAUGACGUGACCGUGGAUGAGCCAGAUACCUGCAGAGACGUGGACGAGCUGAAGACCUGCAGAGACGUGGUCAUAGUCGAGCUGGAGACCUGCAGAGACGUGGUCGUAGUCGAGCUGGAGACCUGCAGAGACGUGACCGUGGACGAGCCAGAUACCUGCAGAGAUGUGGACGAGCUGGAGACCUGCAGAGAUGUGGUCAUAGACGAGCUGGAGACCUGCCGAGACGUGGUCAUAGACGAGCUGGAGACCCACAGAGACGUGGUCAUAGACGAGCUGGAGACCUGCAGAGACGUGACCGUGGAUGAGCUGGAGACCCACAGAGACGUGGUCAUAGACGAGCUGGAGACCCACAGAGACGUGACCGUGGACGAGCUGGAGACCCGCAGAGACGUGGUCAUAGACGAGCUGGAGACCUGCAGAGACGUGGUCAUAGACGAGCCGGAGACCUGCAGAGACGUGGUCAUAGACGAGCUGGAGACCUGCAGAGACGUGGUCAUAGACGAGCUGGAGACCUGCAGAGACGUGACCGUGGACGAGCUGGAGACCCACAGAGACGUGGUCAUAGACGAGCUGGAGACCUGCAGAGACGUGGUCAUAGACGAGCUGGAGACCUGCAGAGACGUGGUCAUAGACGAGCUGGAGACCUGCAGAGACGUGACCGUGGACGAGCUGGAGACCUGCAGAGACGUGGUCAUAGACGAGCCGGAGACCUGCAGAGACGUGACUGUCGAUGAGCCGGACACCCACAGAGACGUGGCCGUGGACGAGCCGGAGACCUGCAGUGACAUGGAGGCUCCACAGCCGGACGCUGAGGACCACGAGGAACGCUGUGAGGAACCGAUCGGAUUAAUACAUCAAGUCUCCAGAACGGACGAUAGCGGGCGUGGCGGCUUUAUUCAGCCCCCAGCGGAACACGGAGACACUUCCGAAGACACCGAGGCCUCGGACGAGGACGAGGACGAUUACCCAGAAUUCUGUGAAUGUGAAUUCUGUGUGAUACCUGUAGAGCAGGUCCCAGCCAAGCCUCUUCUUCCUCAGAUCAAGUCCAAGGACGCGGGGAAGAUCUGCGUGGUGAUCGACCUGGACGAGACGCUGGUGCACAGCUCCUUCAAGCCGGUGAACAACGCUGAUUUUAUCAUUCCAGUGGAGAUUGAUGGAGCCGUACAUCAGGUAUACGUGCUGAAGCGGCCUCAUGUUGACGAGUUCCUGAAGCGGAUGGGUGAAUUAUUUGAGUGUGUGUUGUUCACAGCCAGCUUAGCUAAGUACGCCGACCCGGUCUCAGACCUGCUGGAUAAGUGGGGCGCGUUCCGCUGUCGGCUCUUUCGGGAGUCCUGCGUGUUCCACCGUGGAAACUACGUGAAGGACCUGAGCCGCCUGGGCAGAGACCUCAACAAGGUCAUCAUCGUGGACAACUCGCCCGCGUCGUACAUCUUCCACCCGGACAACGCCGUUCCCGUGGCGUCCUGGUUCGACGACAUGUCCGACACCGAGCUGCUGGACCUGAUCCCGUUUUUCGAGAGACUGAGUAAAGUGGACGACGUUUACGCCGUGCUGAAACAGCAGAGGACUAGCAGCUAGCGCCGCGGCACGGGCAGCGCACGGGGCGGCGCUCGUCACCACGCCGGGGAGGCCGGCGCUUCGGAACGCCGCUUCCCCGCUACACGGGAUCCACUGCCGGCUCGCUCCUCAUCGCCUACCCAGAAUUCCAUUGGAAGGAGAGUCGCCGGAGAGGCGAAGCGCUGACGGGAACUCGGUAUAAACACGAUGGAACUGUGAAGGACUGCUUCAUCACACACACACACACACACACACACACACACACAUUAAAAAAAAGCAGCGUAUGGAAUUUUAA